AAAUAUUCCCUAAAACCCCUUUCACUGCUUCACAAUCACACACACCCCUCUUGUUUUCUUUUCUACUCUACUCUCUCACUCACAUCUUUCUCUCUCUAAAUUCUCUGUUUCUCUGUCUAGUCAAACAUGAGAGGUCCUUUGGGGGCAGUCAUAGGAAGGUACCCUUCAAGCGAUGGAAAUACCCAAAUGGGUAGAGGAAUCAUAAGCCACAACAGAAAAUGCAGAGAUGUGGCGUUCCUUAUCAUCUUCAUUCUCUUCUGGGUCGGAAUGAUUGUUAACUCCAGCUUUGGAUUCAACCAGGGAAACCCAUUGAGGCUUAACUAUGGGCUGGACUAUAAAGGAAAUGUGUGCGGUGAUAGGCAUGCGACUCCUGACCUUCACGAAUUGGAACUCAGAUAUUGGUUGAACCCCAACCAGGUUUACCAGAGUGGUUUAAAGGACAGCCAAUUCACACUUGAUAAUGCCCGGAGUAUCUGCUUAAUGGAUUGCCCUAUCCCGUCGGAAGAUUCACUCAAUUGGGUGUGUGACUAUCCAGAGGGAGAUAUCCAUCUCUCGAUUAAAGAGUGGAUCGAUAGGAAUUAUGAUUACUUUGCAGACCUUACUCCAGACUUAAGGAACACCUCUCUUCAACUGCAAGGUCCCUGUUACCCCGUUAUAUUACCAAGCGUAAAUGUUUACUGGAACUGCCAAUUUAUUGCCCGUGUAUCAAAUGUAUCUUUGCGUCAUUGGCAGCAGAUGGGUGGAGUUAGCAUUGUUGAAGACAUGCUCAUAGACAAAUCCAUUCACAAGUCCAUCAAUUCACGAUCAUCCGUCUUAAAGAGAUAUGUUGCUGAUGUUGGCAAGUCUUGGGGUGUAUUAAUUGUUUGUGGAGGAAUCUUGCCAUUAUUUCUAUCGGUGAUGUGGCUUUUGAUGAUUAGACAUUUUGUUGCUGGGAUGCCAUGGAUAACAGUCAUCCUCUUUAAUGUCCUGAUAAUAUCAUUUACAAUGUUAUACUAUUUAAAAGCUGGAUGGAUUGGAAACAGUGCCAUCUCCCCCAUCAUUGGUGAUCAUGAUCCAUAUUAUCACGCAUCUGCAAGGGAGCUUAGUCAUCUUCGAGCUGUUGCUGUUCUCAUGACAGUCUUGAUGAUUAUCUCCAUCCUUUCAUCUAUUGCCAUUGUCCGUCGCAUCCUUAUGGCAACAUCUGUUCUCAAGGUCGCUGCCAAGGUCAUUGGAGAAGCUCAGGCGCUUAUAAUCUUUCCAGUUAUACCUUACUCUAUCCUUGCAAUUUUUUACAUGUUCUGGUUUUCGGCUGCUCUCAAUCUUUUCAGUUCUGGUCAAGUUCUGGAGAAUGACUGCAACUCCAACUGCUGUGCCUAUGAGCUUGGGUUGAAACGGGUGAGCUGUGAUCGUUGCUGUGGUUAUAGAAUUCAUUAUACUUCUCAUAUCGGUGCUGCAAUCCUUUUCCACCUGUUUGGGUGUUAUUGGGCUACACAGUUUUUUAUAGCAUGUUCUUCAACGGUGAUUGCGGGUUCAGUUGCUUCCUAUUAUUGGGCUCGUGGUGAAACAUCGCCAGAGAUUCCAUUUCUUCCAGUUGUCUCCUCGAUGAAGCGGCUUAUGCGUUACAGCCUUGGGUCUGUAGCUCUUGGCUCUCUAAUCGUAUCAUUUGUUGAGUCCAUCCGAUUUGUACUUGAGGCAAUUCGUCGCAGAUUAAAAGUUGCUAAUACAGUACCUGAAAGCCGGAUUGGAAGAGUGGCAUUUCAUUCUUCUCAGUUUUUCCGACGGAGUAUUGAGUGGACUGUCAAAUCCGUGAACCGCAAUGCCUAUAUUAUGAUUGCUAUAACGGGCAAAAGCUUCUUUAAGGCUUCUGAGAUCGCAACAGAACUGAUCAUCAGUAACAUCCUUCGGAUAGGGAAAGUGAAUGUGAUUGGUGAUGUUAUUCUCUUUCUUGGGAAGUUGUGUGUGAGCCUUUCAAGUGCAGUUUUUGCUUUCCUUAUGUUGAAUACUCACAAAUACAAUUCUGCCCACAACAAGAUCUCCUCGCCCUUAUUUCCUGUACUGGUAUGCUGGGGCUUGGGUUAUGUUGUCGCUACCCUUUUCUUUGCUGUUGUGGAGAUGUCAAUUGAAACCAUCAUUCUCUCAUUCUGCCAAGAUUCAGACGAGCACCAAGGGACCGCUCAAUAUGCCCCUCCCCUUCUCAUUGAGACUCUCAAUGACGAAAAUGAGAUGCGAAGACUUACACAAUAACCCUCGAAACCUGCCAUUGCUUGUUUUUCCUUUCUUAUAUUAGCUAUAUGGAACUUAGAGAUAUUGUAAUAUUAUUUGUUGCUGUGGUCUGAGCUCAUCUUCAAUUUCUUGAUCACAAGUAGUUUACUUGUUUAAUUCUUACCCCUUUUUGAAUUGUUUGAUUGCCCUUUUGUUUAUAUUAUGCUAGAAACAUUAAAAUGUUUUCUAGUUCUGCAGUUUCUAAGUUUUUA